GAGUACAAGCAUUUUGAUGUUUGAAAUUAAAUAUUAAUUGUGUUUUUAUAGUAAAUUAUGUAUUAGAAUUGCGACGUAAUUCUCGCGUUCUUUAUAUUAACAGCAAUGUUUCACCUUGAGGAAACUCAACAAUAUAACGUAACACAGGGUCCGAUGUUCAAUGCCGUGAAACUCGUUAUCUCUCUCUCUCUUUUUCUCUCUCUUUCUCUUUCUUUCUUGCUAGUUUAGUCUAUCGACGUUUAUAUCUCUCGUACGUUUUUAGAUCCACUAUUACGGCAAGUCGGUCGUAUGGAUUCUCGACUGAAAACGAGAUAAUCGAUCUCCCGUCGAGAUAACGUAUGACGAAUAAUCUUGUAAGCAAGAGAAAAGACGCGAUCUCGUUUUAUCCUUUCUUGUAAUUUCUAAAAACGCCGUAGUAGUAUUAUCGCUGUGCUGUGCUUUGCAAACAAUCUAAGAUGUGCUCGUCGAGUUUGAAAAGAAGAGAGAUGGAAAGCUUCUGGAUCACCAGUGCGAUCAACGCGAUCAAAGCUUUAUCGUACUUGUACGACCUGCUGACCUUCCCAGUCUAUCUUAUCCUUCAACGGCCAUGGGAAAAAAGGAAGGCCUCAAGAAGGAUCAAAGCACGUCCUAUCAGCAAGAGCGAAAAUUCGAUCACUUAUAGAAGCGUUGAUUCACCUGGUCCAAUGCAUAUCAAGCUCGAACGAGAAAAAAUUUGUACGCUCGAGAAGGUCUUGCUUUGGGUCAGUAAAAUACAUGGUGAAAAAAAGUGUCUUGGUACCAGACAAAUCCUUGCUGAAGAGGAUGAGGUUCAACCUAACGGAAGGAUCUUUAAAAAGUAUAAAAUGGGAGAUUACAGAUGGAAAUCCUUCGUGGAUGUUGAAAGAUUGGCGGCUUCCUUUAGUCGAGGAUUAGUCGAGAAUGGUCUCACUCUACGUAAGAACAUAGUAAUUUUUGCUGAAACCAGGGCGGAAUGGAUGAUCGCAGCCCACGCUUGUUUCAAACAAAAUCUAACAGUGGUAACAAUCUACGCGACACUUGGAGAUGAUGCUAUAGCCCAUGGUAUUAAUGAGACCGAAGUUAACACAGUUAUUACUAGCCAUGAUUUGUUACCGAAAUUUAAACGACUUUUACAUGUGUUACCUGAAGUUAAGAAUAUUGUUUAUAUGGAGGAUCAACUUAAGCAAACUGUAACAAAUGGUUACAAGGAAGGAGUACGACUGAUGCCAUUCUCAGAUAUUAUUGCAGCAGGCAACACGUCUAAAGCAAUGGUAGUUUCACCAAAAGCCGAUGACACUGCUAUUAUUAUGUAUACAUCAGGUUCAACGGGUGUACCAAAAGGUGUCUUACUUAGUCACAGAAACAUUAUGGCAACCUUAAAAGCAUUCUGCAAUGCUGUUGAAAUUAAAUCAGAUGAUGUUUUUCUUGGAUUCCUACCACUUGCUCAUGUUUUCGAACUUCUUGCCGAAAGUGUAUGCUUACUUACUGGUGUACCUAUUGGUUAUAGUUCACCUCUUACAAUGAUCGAUUCAAGUAGCAAGAUUCAACGAGGCUCCAAGGGUGAUGCUUCCGUUCUUCAUCCUACUUGUAUGACUGCAGUACCGCUUAUCCUAGAUAGGGUAUCUAAAGGUAUAAAUGAGAAAGUGAAAAAAUUAGGACCUUUCAAAUCAGCCAUCUUUAAUACUGCUUAUCAUUAUAAACUAAAAUGGUACAAUCAUGGAUAUGAUACUCCUCUGCUCGACAAAUACAUCUUUGCUACAGUCAAGCAAAUUCUUGGUGGUCAGUUGAGACUUAUUCUCUCUGGUGGUGCACCUUUAAGUCCUGAAACUCACACUCAAGUAAAAUUGUGUCUCUGUGUCACCGUUACUCAAGGAUAUGGUCUUACAGAAACUUGUUCUUGUGCUACUGUCAUGGAUACAUAUGAUAGAAGUAUUGGAAGAGUUGGACCUCCAACAACAACUUGUGAUAUUCGUCUUGAGAAUUGGGAAGAAGCUGGUUACCGAGUAACAAAUUUACCGAAUCCAAGGGGUGAGAUCGUUAUUGGAGGUGAAAACGUCUCAGUUGGCUAUUAUAAGUUACCGGAGAAAACAAAAGAGGAUUUCUUCCAGGAGGAUGGUAGACAAUGGUUCAGAACCGGUGAUAUCGGUGAAGUUCAUCCUGAUGGUUCUGUGGAGAUCAUAGAUCGGAAGAAAGAUUUGAUCAAAUUACAACUAGGUGAAUAUGUUUCAUUGGGUAAAGUCGAAACAGAAUUAAAGACAUGCCCAGUUGUAGAAAACAUUUGUGUUUAUGGAGAUGGAAGUAAGAACUACACUGUAGCACUAGUAGUACCUAACCAUCAUAUUCUCGAAGAAAUUGCAUCCAAUAUUGGCAUUGUCGGAAAGAGUUUUGAGGAACUUUGCGAACAUCCAUUGGUGGAAAAAGCAGUACUUGAAGAAUUGAUCGAGCAUUCUAAGAAAUGCCAGUUACAAAAGUUUGAAAUACCUGGUGCAGUGAAACUUUGUCCUGAACAAUGGUCACCCGAUAUGGGUCUUGUAACAGCUGCGUUUAAACUUAAGAGAAAGGCUGUGCAGGAACGUUAUCAACAUGAAAUUAAUAGAAUGUAUGCUUCGUGAUGUCGAGCUAAAAUGUGCACGAAGUGUAAGGAGUAAUUUGUAUAAAAGAAAAGAAGGAAAGAAAAAAAAAGAAAGAAAGGAACAAACAAACAAACAAAUAAAUAAACAAAAAAAAUGUCUAAGGAAGGCCACCCUCGUCCGAUGGAACAGUACCUCGAGAAACUUUAGACAUUGUUUUAUCUGAUAAUUAUAAAAUAAUUUUUAAAAACAGAUUAUUAUUAACGAAGAAACGAGUUGAAAGUCCUUGUAUAACGAAAGUUAUAAGCUUCGUAGUGUCUUUUGUUAUUGUCUUCCGAUAGUAAACAGGUUCGAUUUACGUUUUCAUCGUUUUAUAUAUAUAUAUAUAUAUAUAUAUAUAUAUAUAUAUAUAUAUAUAUAUAUAUAUAUAUGAGGAGAUUAAAAGAGUCGUAUCUCUCGAUGAAUAUUGUGAAAAUUCCAUGUUAAAGCGAUUCUAUUAAAAAUAUAUUUUUAUCUAAUAUGAAUGAUACAAAUGAUAAGAAGAUAGAAAAAGAGAGUGAAACAAAAAAAGAGCCUAGUAAGUAAAUAAAAAUAAUAAUAAAGUGUCGAGAGAUAUACAAAGCGAGUGGGAUAGGAGGAACAAAAAAAAAACUAAUGGUGCAAGACGACCGUCCUCUAUUAUUAACAUAAAUAAUAGAGAAAAAAAGGGACGUCGUUUAUAAGAUUAAAUUUUUAUUUAUGUUCUUCUUUUUCAACAAUGGUCACAUGAUAUUGUUUAGUACGCGUUUUUAAUAUUACGUCCGAGGGAAUUUAUCUAAACAGUAGUAAUGCGUGGAUCGAUCGAGGAUGAACAUUCUGCAAACGAACUGAUUGCGUAAGUUCACGAAUCGUACUGUGUACUUACUUUAAGUAUUAUAAGUAAUCGCCGAGCUUAGGGAAUAUAUGGAAGAGGGCUACUUGGAAAAAAAAAGAACAAAAAAAAUAUAUAAAAGAAAAAAAAAUAAAUAAAUAAAUAAAAUAAAACAAAACAAUAAAAGAAAACCCAAAAAAAAAGAAGAAAACAAGUUAAAAAAAAUAAUAAUAAUAAAUUGUCGUUAUUUCGAUUAACUUUGAUGUAUAUAUAUAUAUAUUUAUUUAUACAUAUAUAUAUAUAUAUAUAUAUAUAUAUAUAUAUAUAUAUAUAAUAUAGAAGAGAGAAACGAGAGAAAAGAAAAAUGAAUGACUUUUAUUACAUAUAAACGAUUGAUCGUUCCAUGUUAUUAAGAGAUGGUGUACAUUGUUAAAUUAAACAACAUAGAAAAAAAACUAAGAAAGAAAGAAAGGAAGGAAGAAAAAAAAAAGAACAAGCAAAAAUUCGAAAGCAUUUAAACGUCGUCGACUGUAUGCAUUUUUUCUUUUUUUUUUCUUUUUUUGACUUUUCUAAUUCCUGAUUGCCUUUGGGAUUACUAAUCAGAAUUAUACUCUCUGUCAUUUUAAUAUAAUAAUAGUAUUCGUGGAUGAUAUGUAUAUCGGACAAAAGAAAACCAUGCCUACAUUUUGCAGUGUCGAUUUAAAAAUUAUAAGAACACACAUAUACACACACCCACAUAUAUAUAUAUAUAUAUAUAUAUGUCUUUUCUUUUUCUUUAUCACGUAUGUAACGUAUGUAUGCGUGUUGAUCUCUCUUAUCGUUAUGAAUUGCAUGCAUGCAUUUAUGUACGCGUGUAUAUGUACAAGUUGAUGAUUAAUAUAUAAGAAAUGAAAAAUAUAUAGAAGAGAGAGGGAGAGAGAAAGAAAGGAAAAAAGAAACGUGUGUAAGUACAUGAGAGUUCAUACAAAAGUGUGGAAAUACGUGUGCAUUGAAUUUAGUCUUCCCGUUUUCUUGUGAAUCCGUUGAAUUUAUUUUGCUGCGAACGACAUUGAGAAAGUAAAUUAUUAUGAGGAUGGAAUUUUCUUUAAAACAUUGAAAUACGAUUAUUAUUAUCAUCUUAAAAACAUUUUAUAAAAGUAAUUAAAAAAAAAAUGAAAAAAGAAUUAUAUAAAGAUGAAAGUACGAUUGUGUAUCAUUGCAAAACGUUUUUUCUCUUUCUACAUAAAAAAAUUAUAUAUACACACACACACACACACAAAUUAUUAUUAUUAUUAUUAUUAUUAUUAUUAAUAUUCAUAUAUAUAAAUAGAACAUUUUCUCUUUUCAUUCUUCUAUUUUACAUAUUUUUUAUUAAAAUUGAUCGCUGAAUUAAUGAAGAUGCAUAAGAAUUAAAAACAAAUAGAGAAGUUAAUAUAGGCAGCUCGUCUUUCACAUUUCAUUUUAUUUUCUUAUCAUCAUCAUCAUCAUCAUCGUCAUCAUCAUCAUCAUCAUCAUCAUCAUCAUCAUCAUCAUUAUUAUUAUUAUUAUUAUUAUUAUUAUUAUUAUAUUAUUGUUAUAAUUAUUAUUUUAUUUUAUUUUAUUUUAUUUAUUUCAUUUUUCUUUUUUCAUUAAAAAAUGCGAAGUUCCUGGUUAUGAAUAAAUCAUCGAGCGUACAAGGAUCGGUACUAAUUUCUAAUGAAUUAAGCUCUGUAUUAGAUAUUAUUAAAUGAAUACGAAAAACAUUGUUUGUCACUCGCAUCUUAUAGUGCAUCACAAUAAUAAUUAUUAUCAAUUAUUCUGAAACGGUGAUUUAAGAUUAAUAAAUCUGUACAAAUCUGUACAAAAACUUGUAUCAUAGAGAGAAAGAGAGAGAGAGAGAGAGAGAGAGAGAGAGAGAGAGAAAGGGGGAGAGAAAGAGAGAGAAAGAAAGAGAAAAUUAAUAUGGCUCUAUAUGUAUAUACAGAAUGAGAUAUGUUUACUAUAUACACCUAUCUUCAAAAAACA